UCGCAUCGCCGUCUAAAUCCGAGCCCUCCCAUAUACUAGAGAGAUCCCUUCCGUUCCAGGUUCCCUUCCGUCUCCGCAGCAAGCCGAGCCGGGCCCCGAUCGGAAUUGGCCCCGCGGCCGGGACGCCGCACAAUACCAACUGUAUGAGGUAAAAACUGAACAGCCUCAUGCGUUUCCAGCCGGCAGCGCGCUGUCUCGCCGUUGCCCAGCAAUUCCGAAGUCCCUGGAGUCGAGCAUUCUCGACCUUCACCAACCCUGCCGCCAUGGCCGCGGUCAACAGCAGCAGCGCCGAGUCGGCGUCCCAAGCAAGGGAGGGCGUGACGCUCGCCGCGCUGCCCAAGUCGUGGCACUUCACCUCGGCGCUGCCCGCAGACCCCCUCUUUCCCACGCCUGCCGACAGCCACAAGGCGCCGCGAGACCAGCUCGGCCCGCGCCAGGUCCGCGGCGCCCUGUUCACGUGGGUCCGGCCCGAGAUCCAGAAGGACCCAGAACUGCUCGCCGUGUCCCCGGCGGCCAUGCGUGAUUUGGGGCUGGCACUAUCCGAAGCCGAGACGGAGGAAUUCAAGGAGACGGUAGUCGGCAACAAGAUCCACGGCUGGGAUUCCGACACGCUCUCGGGGCCGGGCUACCCCUGGGCGCAGUGCUACGGCGGCUUCCAGUUCGGUGACUGGGCCGGCCAGCUGGGCGACGGGCGCGCCAUCAGCCUGUUCGAGGCGACAAACCCGCGCACCGGCGUGCGGUACGAAGUGCAGCUCAAGGGCGCCGGCAUCACCCCUUACAGCCGCUUCGCCGACGGCAAGGCCGUCCUGCGCAGCAGCAUCCGCGAGUUCAUCGUCAGCGAGGCCCUCCACGCCCUGGGAAUCCCCAGCACAAGGGCCCUGGCCAUCAGUCUGCUGCCGCACAGCAAGGUCGUGCGGGAGCGCAUCGAACCGGGCGCCAUCGUCGUCCGGCUCGCCCAGACCUGGCUGCGCUUCGGCAACUUCGACAUCCUCCGCGCCCGCGGCGACAGAGCCCUCGUGCGCCGCCUCGCAACCUACGUCGCCGAGGAUGUCUUUGGCGGGUGGGAGACCCUCCCCGGCCGCCUCAAGGACCCAGAGAACCCGUCCGAGACUCCCGACCCCGAGCGCGGCAUCCCCAAGGACGAAGUCCAAGGCCCUGCCGGCGCUGAGGAAAACCGCUUCGCCCGCCUGUACCGCGAGAUCGUGCGGCGCAACGCCCUGACCGUCGCCAAGUGGCAGGCGUACGGCUUCAUGAACGGCGUGCUCAACACCGACAACACGUCCGUCUUCGGCCUGUCCAUGGACUUUGGCCCCUUCGCCUUCAUGGACAACUUCGACCCGCAGUACACACCGAACCACGACGACCACUUCCUGCGGUACAGCUACCGCAACCAGCCGACCAUCAUCUGGUGGAACCUCGUCCGCCUCGGCGAAGCGCUCGGCGAGCUGAUCGGCUCGGGCGCCGAUUGCGACUCGAGCACCUUCGUCGAGUCGGGCGUGACGGAAGACACGGCGCCGCCGCUCAUCGCGCGCGCCGAAAAGAUCAUCACCCAAGCCGGCGACGAGUACAAGUCGGUCUUCCUGGCCGAGUUCAAGCGCCUGCUCACGCUCCGCCUGGGCCUCAAGACGCAGCAGCCGACCGAUUUCGACGAGCUCUUCUCCCCGCUGCUCGACACCCUCGAGGCCCUCGAGCUCGACUUCCACCACUUCUUCCGGCGCCUGUCCGCCAUGCCCCUGUCCGCCCUCGCAACCCCGGAAUCCCGCCUCGCCCACGCGGCGCGCUUCUUCCAUGACGAAGACGUCGCCAAAACCAAACAACAACAACAACAACGACCACCACCGCGCCCCGACUCCGAGUCCGGCCGCCAGCGCCUGGCCGAUUGGCUCGCCGUCUAUCACUCGCGCGCUCUCUCCGACUGGGCCUCGUCACCGUCAUCAUCACUGUCAUCGUCAACCCCAUCAUCCACCUCACAACCACCAUCACAACCACCACCACCACCAUCCCAAUCCCCCCAACCCCCCGUGACCUCCACUUCCGCCUCCACCUCCGCCUCCACCUCAGUCUCCGCCUCAGCCGAGGCAGAACGCACAGCCGCCAUGAAGCGCGUGAACCCCAACUUCGUGCCGCGCGGCUGGGUCCUGGACGAGGUGAUCCGGCGGGUCGAGAAGGGCGGCGAGCGCGAGGUGCUCCGGCGCGCGCUGCACCUGGCGCUGCACCCGUUCGAGGACCGCUGGGCGGGCCGCGAGUUCGACGGGGUGCCGUACGAGGGCGACGCCGAGGAGGAGGCGCGGUGGACGGGAGACGUGCCGCCGGCCGAGAGGGCGCUGCAGUGUAGUUGUAGUUCGUGAUCGUCGAGGGUAAGAGAGCGGAGGGCUUGGGGGGGUUAUUAGUGAGGAGCGCGCAGGUUGCGCUCGGUGUCUUUUGGUCUGGCAACGGCAGCCUCGCUCGGUGUUGUAUGAUGGGAUUGCGCAAAGACGAGUCUCCUUCGUAAGGGACCUCAAG